CAAGUCAAAAACCUUGCACUUUACGCCUUUACUAAAAUAUAAAUGAUACUAUUCAACCAAAUGUUUUAUAAAUUAAACUAACAAACCAGAAACUGUCGACAAUUUUCUUAUUUUAAAAUAAUUAGUUUUUAACAAUAUAGUUUUCAAUCUCAUCACGCGUUAGAAACAAGUGCGAGCCUGUUUUGUUGAAAGAUGGCGGCAGAUUUGUGGAUUUGAGAACACAAUUAACAAAAUUAAUAACAAUGCCUCCGAAAGAUCUAGGGCCACUUCUGUCGGCCCAAAAGGAAGCAGAUGUUCUAAAGAAAAAGGUUGCCCAAGUUAUCAAGGAAAGCAACAAGACACUUGACAAUAGAAAGCUAAAAGACAAGGAAGAAAAACUGAAAGAACUUUAUAAAAAUUGUCUUGAUGUCAAACAGGAGGUUACUGUGCUUCUGGAGAAAGUAAAAAGUCUUACUGAGGAUCAAGAACCAAAGAAGUUAAAGCGAUAUGUGGCAAUGAAAAAUCAGGAAGUGAACAGAAUUGAUGUUUGGCAGAAUCAGCUGACUAAUACCAUGAGCAAGUUGUUGCCAAAUGAAAUUGAAGAAGAGUACUUAAAGUAA